UGCAUCUAUUUGUAAGAAAUUGGUUGUUCUUGCUGUAAAAAAAGAGAGACUGUGUGUGGAAGUCAUAAAAGAAAUUUAUUAUGCAAGAUUACAUCCAGCUAAUACGACCCGAAGGGACUUUUGUUAUAAUUAUGAGGGUAUUGUGACAUACAUCAAAGCACAUUCAAACCAUGAGAAGUUGAGGCGUUGACAUGCCUCUUGUACAGAUCCAUCAACCCUACCAGACAUUUCCGUUCACUUGAAAUUUCUUCCUCUGAGAGGCUCUGCAAGGCCAUUAAUGCUUCCUGCUGUAUAAUGUUAACUCAUUGAGUUUUCGGCAGAAAUUGUGUUCACUUUUUCACUAAAAUGUUGAAUAAACUGAGGAAAAUGAAAACUCAAGAGCUUCAGAGAGAAACUUUGGCACUUUUUAAGGAUAGAACAAAAUAUCGAUAUGGAAAUGUAUUGUAUUACUUAAUAUUGUGAUGUGUUAUCCAUACACUAGGGCCAAAUAUCAAUAUUUUUUAUAACAUGCACGUACUCUAAAUGGAUGUGUGUGUGCGGGUGCCAAGACUGCCUUUUGUUUCAUCUUAGUUGUCAAAUUCUGUGAAACUGACGUCACAAUGCAGUGAAUAAAUAGAUUAGGGAUAUUUUGACUCUUCACUUACACAGAUAUCGUGAUGUAUCACAGAUGAUUGCAAUGUAUUAAGUAUCGCAUUACUGUAUCGUGAUACCAUUGUUGUGCAUCUUGUGCAAUGUAUUGUGAUUGUAUCAUAUUGUGACUCCAACCCCUAACACAAUGUAAAAAAUAUUCCAUUACAAAUAAGUCUUGCAUUGAAAAUUUUAAUGUAUCUUAAAGUAUCAAAUUUAAAAGUAUUCAUUGGCCAGUUUGGUGAUGCUAAUUUUAUCUAUAAUUUAAUAAUAUAUCAUAUUUGAAAGACUCAUAUCAUUUCUAUGUCAAACACAAAUCUCAACUUAAAGAGUCAGUAUUUAUGUUGCAAAGUAGAAGUAUAAAGCAGCAUAAAAUGGAAAUACUCAAGUAAAGUACAAGUAUGUCAAAACUGAACUGAAGUACAGAACUAAUGCACUUUGUUAUUUUCCACCACUGGUUGUAGAUUGUAUCUGUUUAUCUUUUAAGAGUUUCAUGCAAAGACAGCACAUGCAAGUUAAAAGGUGACAUGCAGUACCUUUAAAAAGUCACAUUUUGAAUACUUAUGAUUAACAAAUGUCUUCUUACCAUCCUGACGCCUGAUCCAUUGACUGGACACUGUACCAACCUACACUAUACUUCAUUUGGUUACUGAAAGCCACAGUGUAGAAUAAGUCAAAUAAAUUUGCAUGGAUACCUGCUGCACUGGAAAUAUAUUCACAGCAGUUAUGGUUAGGAGUGGGUUCAGUGGAUACAUCUAGAGAGGGUGAAAGAACGAGGUUAGAGAGAGUGGCACUGAACAGAGUAACAAGUGAAAACAAGGGUCUUGUGAUGGCAUCUAGUCUGAUUCCUGGAUGUCAUGUAAUGAGCGAUCUUCUGACAAUCCGUGAGAAAGGUAUCCUCUUCACUCUGCUCGAACCUCAGUGUAAGCUGAUCAAAACUACAGUGGCACAGGUACUAGAGGCCAAAGAGCCCCAGCAUGAGAGUCCAGGCUGGCAUCGUCUAGGUUGUGGUGUGGUGUGUCUCAUUGAGGAUCAAUCUGUUCACUCAUACUUCCUGCGUCUAUAUUGUGUCAAGCGUGCCAAGUUACUGUGGGAGCAGGAGUUGUAUAUCCCAUUCAAGUACACUGCAAAUUGCACAUUCUUCCACACUUUCCCUGCAGAUGGCCAUCAGAUAGGCUUCAACUUUGCAAAUGAGACGGAGGCAGAGGAAUUCAAUCUUUCAGUAAAAGCUGUCCAAAGAAAACAAGAAAAGAUUACUGACACGAUUCAGAUGGCAAACACUGAAACAAUGGACCCACCAAAUUCAAGAAUGAGACCAGUGGAACAUUUGGAUAGGGAGGAGCAUUUCCCCGUGGACGCACUAUGCAACAUAGAUCCACCAGCCACCAGUUCAUUUAAGGAUCUGGACCCCGCCAUGAGACGGCUGUUGAUGCAGGCAAAACUCCCUGUGGAAGAGUUGAAAGACAAAGACAUUGCUGAGGCUGUCGACUGCAUCAUAAACAAAUUCGGAGGACUAAAGGCUAUACAGAGAGAGUUGAGGAACAAAGGCCCAGUCUCUCAGACAUUGCCUAGAGCUGCAGGGGCAUCCAUCUCCAUUGCUCUGAAGGAAAGGCCUUUGCCUCCAGUCCCCUCCAUCAAAGGCAACAGCACCUACCAGCAGACACCACAGGGCACAAAGAGAGUGGACCAGCUUCAGAUUCCUCCUCCUCCACCUGCUCCAGCUGUUCCAGAAAGGAUGAGAAAGAGUGCAAGUUUCAAACAUAUGGGCUCCUUAGCAGAUCCAGAAAGAGGUGAUCUAGUCCUGGCUGCGUUGAGAAAAGUGUUCAUACAAAAGCAGCUGGACCAGCAAAACACAAGUACAAACGAACCAGAUGGGAUCUGCACCUUUAAGAAGCCUUGAUUUUUAACUAUGAUAAAUAUAUUUAAGAUUUGUGAUACUUGAGAUGCUGCUUUUUCUCUCGCUGGAUUAACCUGCCAUGAUAGCUACUAACCUUUUAUUUGCAGUGCACACAGCAGACUGUAAAUGGAAACUUUAUUUUUGCCAUGAUAAUCAAAAAAACGAUAAUAACAUUACCUGGUUGGACUGUAUUUAUCCCUGUUUGCACAAUUGUACGCAGCAUCUUGCCACUUCAACAAAUACACACAAUAAAGACGUUAAUUAGUAGCGCAGAGCUAAAAAGGGUGAAUAUUGGAAUUCUUCAUUUGAGAGGUGGCCAGAUGUUGCUCUAUAACUGCUGGAUGUGUAAAUAAGCAACUGUUUUUUCAUGAAAACUAAAGAGAUGAUACUUAAAUGUUGUGUUCAUGAUUUGUUUCUGCUUCAAAGUGGUGAA